CUUGAACCUGCCAUGUUUCUGUGCUCCAGAGCUCCGUCGUAUUGUCCCAUGAACCACUUGCCAGCAUUGCGCUGUCUGGAGAAAAGUCGAGCGAUGUGAUCUCUUGGGAGUGGACUUUCAUAGGUUGGGUGAGAGGUUCGCCGUCGCUGUUCCAGGCUAUGACCUCUCCAUUGCCAUCACCGCUUGUUAUCAAUUGUCCGUCUCUUGAUACCGCAAUUACUCCUACUAUGUCGCUAUGCCCCUCCAUUUUCUUCAACACAACACCGUCUUCUAAAUCCCAUAGGCGAAGGGUCGUGUCUGCUGAACCUGUGACCAUACGGCGUCUGUUGGGGAAGACUGCGACUGUCAUGACACUAUCUUCAUGACCUUCAAAUGUUCGACUGGGUGUCGUGAUUCGAAUGAUGCGCUGUGCUGCUUCUGCCAUUCUGCUGGGGGUGGAUGGUGUUGAGCAGUCUAUGUGGACUUGCUGUAGGGCUUGUGGGUGUCUCGAUCUAAGUUGCACACGUGCGUGUACGGGGCGUGCUUGUGCUUUUUCACAGCCUCAAACUGCUUCGUGUCCCGGUAGACGCCCCGGACACGAGGCUGCCCUCAAACUUAUAUUUGUUGCAAAAGUUGCAACCAGGUUAUCGUAUCCAGUUUACUCGACGAUUUCACUUCGCAGUCUUUCUUUCACAACUCAAGUCCUGUUCAAUAGUAACAUCGGUACCGCGAUCGCCUCCUGUAUUAUGGGGCAGCAUGCCAUCGCAUCCUGCUCAGGUUGGGGUCCUGCUCUAGGGCACGACCUCACCCGUCUGAAUCGUCACAACUGCGGUGCGUUGACCUCCUUUCGCUAUUCAUUUCGCUCGCUGUACUGUUAUCUGUAACAUCCUAUUGACUUGUAAAGUCUGGAGGUAUAUGGGACAUCGCCCACGAGUUUCGCUUCCUGCGUCGGCUAGUUCUGAUGAAAGCUGGUUGACUUUCGUUGUGGAGUCAGUUUGUGAACGACUUCUCGUGCGGUAUUCAGAAUGUCUGAUCUAAUCUAGAUGAUAUGCAUUACACGCACGGCCGAACUGAAGCAAGUUCUUUCCCAACAGACAGGGUAGACCACCAUUUUUCAGCCUUUUUUGCACCCUCUGAGCGUGUGUUCAGACCGUAGCCUUGAGAGCUCUGG